GAAGUUGGUUAAAAGAGAAGUUAUGUGGUGGAAUCAUUUUCUUUCUCGUUAAAACGAAAGUAAGAAAAUAUCGUAGGAAAGUCUAGUGAUACUUAAAAAAGAUUAACGUCACCAUGGAUACAACAAUGACUGCCAGUGAGGUUCGCAAAACUUAUAUUGAUUUUUUUAUUGAAAAAGGACAUAAAUAUGUCCACUCCUCUUCAACUAUACCAUUAGACGACCCAACUUUGCUCUUUGCCAACGCUGGAAUGAACCAGUUUAAACCGAUUUUUUUAGGAUCUGUAGACCCAAACUCUGAUAUGGCUCAAUAUGUUCGUGUGGUAAACACUCAAAAAUGUAUUAGAGCUGGGGGCAAACAUAAUGAUUUAGAUGAUGUCGGAAAAGAUGUUUACCAUCACACUUUCUUUGAAAUGAUGGGAAAUUGGUCGUUUGGAGAUUAUUUUAAAAGAGAAGUAUGCACAUGGGCUUGGGAACUAUUAACUCAAGUGUACAAAUUACCAGGAGAAAGAUUGUAUGUAACUUAUUUUGGUGGGGAUUCUGCUUCAGGGCUUGAACCGGAUUUGGAAUGUAAAAAUAUUUGGUUAAACUUGGGCCUCCCGGAAUCUCAUAUUUUACCAGGAAGCAUGAAAGACAAUUUCUGGGAAAUGGGUGAAACUGGCCCUUGCGGUCCUUGUUCUGAAUUACAUUAUGAUAGAAUUGGAGACCGUGAAGCUGCUCAUCUUGUUAAUAUGGAUGAUCCAGAUGUAUUAGAGAUAUGGAAUUUAGUUUUUAUACAAUUUAAUAGAGAAUCAGAUGGAUCAUUAAAAUUAUUACCAAAAAAACACAUUGACUGUGGAUUAGGACUUGAAAGAUUGGUAUCCGUUAUACAAAAUAAAAGAGCGAAUUAUGAUACCGAUUUGUUUCUGCCCAUUUUCAAGGCCAUUGAGAUAGGUACUGGAGCUAGACCUUACUCUGGGAAAGUUGGUGUUGAAGAUAUCGAUGGCAUUGAUAUGGCUUAUCGUGUCUUAGCUGAUCAUGCUAGAACUUUGACAAUUGCGUUAUCUGAUGGAGGAUAUCCCGAUAAUACUGGAAGAGGAUACGUACUGCGUCGUAUUCUAAGGAGAGCUGUUCGCUAUGCGUGUGAAAAACUUAACGCCAAGCCAGGAUUUUUUUCUUCAUUAGUUUAUACAGUAGUUGAGUUAUUAGGGGAUGUAUUUCCCGAAAUCAAGAAAGAUCCGCAAUCUAUUAUCCAGCUGAUUAAUGAAGAAGAGAUUCAAUUUUUAAAAACACUUUCUAGAGGAAGAAAUUUGCUUAAUAGAACCAUUGAGCGACUUGGAGAUUCUAAAAUUAUUCCAGGAGAUGUAGCUUGGCGUCUAUAUGAUACUUACGGAUUUCCUAUUGAUCUCACGAUACUUAUGUGCGAAGAAAAAAAUCUUUCGAUUGAUAUGGAAACUUACGAGAAAGCAAGAAAAGAAUCUCUUUUGGCAUCACAAGGUAAAACUGCAGGUCAAGACGAUUUACUAGCAUUAGAUAUACAUGCCAUCAGUUAUCUUCAAGAUAGUGGUAUACCUGUUACAGAUGACUCUCCAAAAUACAAUUACAAGGCUUCAACACAAAAUAAGGAAGUUGUUUACGAUUUCGAGCCGUGUACAGGAAAAAUUGUUGCUAUUCGAAAAAAUAAAGAAUUUGUUAAUGAAGUGAAGUCAGGUGAAGAAUGUGGAAUAAUUCUAGACCGUACUAACUUUUAUGCUGAACAAGGUGGGCAAAUAUAUGAUGAGGGUUAUAUGGUAAAAGUUAACGAUGAAACUACUGAAUUGUCUGUCAAAAAUGUUCAAGUUAAAGGCGGCUAUGUUCUACAUAUUGGAAUAGUAGAAGGUUCUUUUAAAACUGGUGAUGUUUUAACAUUGCAUAUAGAUACUGAGAGACGAAGACUAGUAAUGAAUAACCACACCGGAACACAUAUACUUAACAAUGUAUUAAGAAAAGUUCUCGGAAAUGAUUCUGAUCAGCGUGGAUCUCUUGUAAUGCCAGAUCGCUUAAGAUUUGAUUUUACUAAUAAAGGUCCGAUGACUAUUAAGCAAAUCAAAGAUGCUGAGGAUCAGAUUAGAAGCAUUAUAAAAGAUAACAAACCAGUAUAUGCAAAACAUACUAAACUGAGCAAUGCUAAAAAAAUUCACGGAUUGAGAGCUAUGUUUGAUGAACACUAUCCUGAUCCAGUGCGUGUGGUAUCGGUUGGAAUUCCUGUAGAGGAACUUGAAAAAAAUCCUGAAGGUCCAGCGGGUUUCGAGACAUCUGUUGAAUUUUGUGGAGGCUCCCACUUACAUCAAACAGGUCACAUUGGUGAAUAUGUGAUAGUCAAUGAAGAAGGAAUUGCUAAAGGUAUCCGAAGAAUUGUAGCAUUAACAGGACCUGAUGCCCUAAAAGCUUUGAAUAAAUUAAGUAUUCUAGAGAACGAGGUCAAUGAUCUUUCGAAUUUUGUAAGGACCCAAGGAGAUAACUUAAACCAGAAGGAGAUUACAAAGAAAAUUGUAGAACUCACCAAUGAUAUAUCUCAAGCACAAAUUUCUUACUGGAAAAAAGAUGAACUAAGGACGAUGUUAAAGAAUUUGAAGAAAGAACUUGAUGAUAAAGAAAGGUCAUUGAAAGCAGCAACCAUCAAUCUUGUGACUGAAAAAGCUAAACAGCUAUGUCUGGAACAAAAAAGUUCUGAAGUUAUUGUUGCUGAGUUGCAAGCAUAUGGAAACACAAAAGCUUUAGACAGUGCUUUAAAACAAGUAAAAGUAUUAUGUCCCAACUCGGCAGCAAUAUUUUUUUCAGUAGAUAAUGAUACUAACAAAAUAUUUUGCUUAGCUGCCGUUCCUAAGAACUUGGUUGAAAAAGGACUUUUGGCGUCCGAGUGGGUUCAGUCUGUAGUCAGCAUCAUUGGUGGAAAAGGUGGCGGGAAAGCCGAAUCCGCUCAAGCAUCUGGUAGUAAUCCCGGAAAUAUUAAAGAAGCUAUGAAAAUAGCAGAAGAGUUUGCUAAAAGUAAACUACAAUGAGUUUUGCUGCCAUGAUUAAUGUUAAAUUAAUAAUAGAUUUUUUAUAUUCAUUAAAUUAUAAACGCUCUGUAUAAUUAAAUUUUCU